AUGGAGAGGGGCCGAAACUUUGAGAAUAAAGGGAGGGGGUUAAAUGGUCAGGAUGGUGUCGACAAUGAGGUAACCAGUCAGGUUGGUGUCCAAAGUGGGGUGAUUGGUCAGUUUGGCAACAGCACUGCGGAGGAUGGUCAGUUAGGUAAUGGCAAUGGUGAGGCCGGUCAAAAUAGCAUUGGUAUCGCUGCAUCAAAUUCUGCUGCUGUGAUUCGUAUUACCGCAGUAAAUGUUGCAGCAGCUGUUGGCAGUAGUAAUGUAUCUGCAUUAGUUGGAGUUGCAGCAGCCAAUGCUGCUUCUUCAAUUGGCGUUGCAGCAGCAACAGUGGCAAUUAAUUCCUCUGGGAGUUCAUCUGGCACGGUUACUUUUUUCCCAUCAUGGUUGCUUGCUCCAAUGAUUGGUAUAUCAAUCUUGUUGUCUGUAUCUCGUGAGACAUAUGUUCAGCUUGGUAGAAGUUUGUUGUGGCGAAUUGUGUGGAGUUAUCUUCCUUCGUUCUCUCCUUGGUCUACACCUUCUCCUCCAUCAACUUCACAACUGUUUUUGGCUAUUGUUGUUGGCUUUCAUAGUUAUGUGGCUCAAACAGCUGUACUUCUUGUUUCCAUGUUACCAAGUGGUCUUUCAAGCAUGGGAAUGAUGAGCUUUUUGCUCAAGUUUCUUCUCUCAUUUGGCAUCACUUCUAUUCCAGCCAUUAUUGUUCAUAAGGUGUUUCUUCGCCUUUUUCUCUCUGAACUCUGCUUUACAUUCCCAGUUGUAUCUGUAGAUAUGGAAUACUAGUACGCAUGGUGCCCGGCAUUUUUUCAAUGAUAACACGGUCUGGAGUGUGUUCAUAUGGAGUACUUCUGAAGCCUGGGCUAUUUCAAAGUGGUAGCUUUUUUGAAGUGGUAGUUUUUGUUAAUGGUGGUUAAAAUUUGUGUUGAUGUGAUUCAUGUUCAU